AUGUCUUUCGACACCAUGUCCACAGGAAGUGACCUGCCUUUUUUAGGCCCACGCUCUGGUCCUAAAAGCAUGGAGCUCCAACAACUAUCACGCCAACCAAAACACCAUGUCUCAUCAACGCUUGGAGAGCUUCUGCAACUGAUGGGGGACGCCAACUCUCCACCCAACGGCGGCCGCCAUGGCCGAUCUGAAUCGAUUCACUCUUGCCCUUUUGUUCUUUCUUUCAAUAGCCUCACGUAUAGUGUUAAAAUUCCUCGAAAGAUGUCGUUUUCUAAUUCUCUUGGUGGUACUAAGGUGGAGGUAUCCAACACCAAGGUUUUGUUGGAUGAUAUCUCCGGUGAGGCUAGAGAAGGCGAGAUCAUGGCAGUGCUUGGUGCUAGUGGGUCCGGUAAGUCGACGUUGAUCGAUGCACUCGCGAACCGGAUCGCGAAAGGGAGUUUGAAAGGUACGGUGACGAUGAACGGCGAGAUUCUGGAGUCGAAGUUGCUGAAAGUGAUAUCGGCGUACGUCAUGCAAGAUGAUUUACUGUUUCCGAUGCUAACCGUGGAAGAAACCCUAAUGUUCUCGGCGGAGUUCAGGCUGCCUCGGACCCUUUCGAAGUCGAAAAAGAGAGCAAGAGUUCAAGCACUGAUUGAUCAAUUAGGUCUCCGAAAUGCUGCCAAAACGGUCAUUGGAGAUGAAGGUCAUAGAGGGAUUUCCGGUGGGGAACGCCGUCGUGUUUCCAUCGGAAUCGACAUCAUCCAUGACCCCAUCGUACUGUUUCUUGAUGAACCCACAUCUGGGCUCGAUUCCACUAGUGCUUUCAUGGUGGUAAAAGUCUUGCAAAGAAUAGCUCAAACUGGAAGUAUUGUUAUCAUGUCCAUUCACCAACCUAGUUAUAGAAUCAUGAGUUUGCUUGAUAAAUUGAUCUUUCUUUCAAGAGGACAAAUGGUGUUUAGUGAUACCCCAUCAAAACUACCAGAUUUCUUCUCCGAAUUUGGAAGCCCGAUCCCAGAAAAUGAAGAUCGAACCGAAUUCGCCCUCGACUUCAUCCGUGAGCUCGAAAUAUCGGGUGCAGGAACCAAAACCCUAAUCGAUUUCUACAAAUCAUGGUCAAGAAACAAGACCCACGAAUCAAGAUUGGUUCAAGAACCAAAAUUAUCACUGGAAGACGCCAUUAGUGCAAGCAUUUCUAGAGGCAAACUAGUUUCAGGUGCUACAAACAUGGAUUCAUCAAAUCUAUCUUCUUCAGUUCCAACAUUUGCAAACCCUUUCUGGGUCGAGGUUCUCGUGAUCACGAAACGUUCGAUGCUCAAUUCAUGGCGAUCUCCCGAACUAUACGCCAUCCGACUAGGAGCCAUCAUCGUCACCGGAACCAUUCUCGCAACCAUGUUUCGAAAACUCGACAAUUCGCCACGAGGAAUCCAAGAACGAAUAGGGUUCUUCGCUUUCGCCAUGUCCACCAUGUUCUACACCUGCGCAGAAGCAAUUCCGGUAUUCCUCCAAGAACGAUAUAUAUUCAUGAGAGAAACUGCAUACAACGCUUAUAGACGUUCAUCCUACGUUAUCUCUCAUUCACUCAUGUCAAUUCCUUCUUUAAUCUUUCUCUCAUUCGUUUUCGCCUGCAUAACCUUCUGGGCCGUCGGCUUAGCCGGCGGAACCACCGGGUUUUUCACGUUCCUCUUCUUCAUCUUCGCCUCUUUUUGGGUCGGAAGCUCCUUCGUCACCUUCCUCUCCGGCGUGGUGGCUCACGUGAUGCUCGGAUACACAGUCGUCGUCGCCGUUCUAGCUUAUUUCCUUCUUUUCAGCGGCUUCUUCAUUACUCGUGAUCGAAUUCCUUCAUAUUGGCUAUGGUUCCAUUAUAUGUCGCUAGUUAAGUACCCAUAUCAGGGCGUUCUGCAAAACGAGUUUGAUGAUCCUACAAAAUGCUUCGUGAGGGGGACUCAGAUCUUUGAUAACUCGCCAUUAGGUGCAAUUCCAGACGCCAUGAAAGUGAAGCUUUUGAAGAGCAUGAGUCAGACACUUGGUGUGAAGCUUACGAGCUCGACUUGCUUGACAAAUGGAGCAGAUAUCUUGAAGCAACAAGGUGUUACGGAUAUUAACAAAUGGGGUUGCUUUUGGAUCACCAUCGCAUUGGGUUUCUUCUUCAGAAUCUUGUUUUAUUUGGCUUUAUUGGUGGGAAGCAAGAACAAAAGGAGGUAA